AUGUAUCAUAUACCAAGCAGCCUCCCUCUGACCAUCUCUACUGAUGAUUUCAUUUAUGAAGAUCAGAAUAAAUUCCGAAACGUUGAUGCUUCGAGUUCAAAAAAGAUAAGAAAAUCAGCAUUCCGACUUUGGUGCGCGGUCCAUCAGGAGCAAUUCUACAGAAAAUAUUCCAACUUGAAUUCGUCGGAUAUUGAAAUCAAAAUGAAAACUUUCUGGAGGCAUCACACUACUUUUGAAGAGAAACAGGUCUAUUUUGAUGAGGAAGAACAGUGGAAGAAGGAAGAGGGACCAUUGCUCACAAAACCGCGGCUCCCAGCGAAAAUUAUUUUCGACGCGAAGGAAGUGUCUGUCUCUGGAUAUCGACUGUGGUGCUUAGAUAACAUUCAUCGCUUUGAAAGGAAGUACUCAAAGAUUGAGAUCGAGACAAAAAUGAAAACCUACUGGCGACAUCAUACAUCUUCUGACGAGAAAGAGGAAUAUCAUGAAAAAGCAGCCAAGCUGAAAGAAAGCAAGGAUUACCAGAGUUACAUCCCGCCCAAGGCAAAAAGAGCAAAGGUUGAUGAAGAAUGUGAGUGGCAAGCAAAACCAAUAUCAGCGACAUCUUCCACCGACUCUUUUCUUUCACAUGCGGAAGAGAUUAGCACUUCGGAGCAGCCAACAACUUCUACGGAAGCUUCGACCGAGAAAGAGAAUGGGCUGCCACCAAGAUAUGACACAAAAAGCUUGCGAUCUCGCUACUCUCAUUCGUACUUGACGACGCCGGCAUGCUAUGCGGAGAACCCAAGACGAGGUGCUGGAGAGGGACCUGUGAAUUAUGCGAACGACUCAACUCUGCCAAUCUAUUUCUAA